UCUCCUUUCUGUCAGAUUAUCCUCUAGCUGAGGAUGAUGAUGUUGGACAAGAUAGAUAUGGUGUCUGUUCCUUGGAGCCACCAGAGAAGACAGACAUAUAAAUAAGCUAUCACCAUUAAAUGAGCACACAGUGCUGGGAUGGCACAUAAAUGAACAUCCUGCCUUAUUAUGAGUGAUCAGGAAAGGCUUGCUUCCCAUGGGAAAUGGGAUUUGCACUCACACUUCCAGUAACAGUCAAGAUGGAGGGUAGGAAUGGGAAGGGAAGAGCAUUCUAGAUUUGCCAGCAUUUUUAGCAUGUGGGCUGAAGUUGAGUCAGGGAAUCAAUGGGAGUCAUAAGAGGCCACAGAGGUGAGUGGGGGCAAACACCACUCUCUAGUGCAGCAGCGUUGGAUAAAUCAGAGCUGGAAGGAAGAAAAGCCUGCAUUAGGGGUGUGUGAGGGGGUGGAGAUUUAAAGGUCGUCCAAUCCAGUGGCUUUUCGUACUGUCUCCCUUCCCCCAGGGCUCAUUUUGUAAUUUUAUGGGAGGUAUUUUGUUGUAUUUGCUGGCGGUGAUAGCAUUUCUACCAGCAUUGUGGAUCGGAGCCAGGAUCCUGCAAUGCACAGGACAGUCCUGCCCACUGAAAAAAUGUUCACAGUUUCAAAUGUCUUGCUGAACAUUCAGGGCUAACAGUCAGCAUGGGCCACACCGGAGCCUGAGGAUCGAUCAGGCUGCAGCCGCAGGGGACCCGGAGAGAGCAACACCGAGAAGAAGAGACCUUGCUCCUAGAGAGGCCAGGCCGCCUGGUGACGCACUUCCGGCAGCGCCGGGGAGCCGCCUGCUCCGGGGGUUGCACCAAUUGGAACGGGAAGCCUGUGUUGCUGUCACAGCCACGAGGCCCCGGGCAUUUAGCACUUGGUCUGCUGGGGGAAGAUGCGUGGUGCAGCUAAAGGGUGGAAUAUUUGUGGGCCUGAAGCUGCCCUGGAUGAUAGUGCAAGUCUUUUGAUGAGUUGAGGUCUGGCAGGAACAUUAACCUAUGUGCAUCCCAAGUAUGGACCGUGUGCUCCCAGGCUUCUGACAUGGGGUCAUGAAUUAGGGCCAAGUGGGAGUACAGAGCCCCUCCUAGUCACCCGGCAGCAGAAGAAGCCCGGCUUUUGGAGGACACUGUCUCCUGCAGCAGUGUCAGUCCCAAAAGCUCCAGCCCUUCUCUGAGAGGGAGACGGGGGGGAUGGCAGCCAUGCACCUGACAGCCUGGCCCCAGAAGUUGGUGACCUUUGAGGACGUGGCUGUGUACUUCACCCAGGCGGAAUGGGAUGGCCUGUCCCCUGCACAGAGGAUCCUGUACAGGGAUGUGAUGCUGGAGAAUUAUGGGAAUGUGGCCUCCCUGGGAUUUCCACUUCUCAAACCUGCUGUGAUCUCACAACUGGAGGGAGGAGGUGAGCUGGGGGCCCCAUCUCCACUGGCUGCAGGAACAGGCCUCCAUGGCCUCCGGACUGGUAAGGGAGUAGAUAUUCAGACUGACAGUGAUUUCACAAAGGAAAUGUAUUACGGGAAAGAGGAUGUAUCAUUUGAACUUCAAAGGGACUUUUCCCAGGAAACAGGCUUUUUAGAAACCUCUCUUCUAGAGAAACAACAGGAAGUCUACUCUGCAGGAAAUAUAAAGAAGGAAAAAAGCAACACCAUUGAUGGAACAGUGAAAGAUGAGACAAGCCCCAUGGAGGAGUGUUUUUUUAGUCAAAGUCCAAACUCAUAUCUGUGUCAUACCAUCACUGUAGAGCAGCCCUCUGGGUGUACAGGCCUGGGGAAAGCCAUCAGCUUUGAUACAAAACUCGUUAAGCAUGAAAUAAUUAAUUCUGAGGAAAGGGCUUUCAAAUGUGAAGAAUUAGUGGAGCCCUUUAGGUGUGACUCUCAGCUUAAUCAACAUCAAGAGAACUACACUGAGGAAAAGCCUUAUCAAUGUUUGGAGUGUGGCAAAGCUUUCAGCAUUAAUGAGAAAUUAAUUUGGCAUCAAAGACUUCACAGUGGGGAGAAACCCUUCAAAUGUGUGGAGUGUGGAAAAAGCUUCAGCUACAGUUCCCAUUAUAUCACACAUCAGACAAUCCACAGUGGGGAGAAGCCCUAUCAGUGUAAGGUAUGUGGGAAGGCCUUCAGUGUUAAUGGAAGCCUAAGUAGGCAUCAGAGAAUUCAUACGGGAGAGAGGCCUUAUCAGUGCAAGGAGUGUGGAAAUGGCUUCAGCUGUAGUUCUGCAUAUAUUACACAUCAGAGAGUCCACACUGGGGAGAAACCUUACGAGUGUAAUGACUGUGGGAAAGCUUUCAAUGUUAAUGCAAAAUUAAUUCAACAUCAGAGAAUCCACACUGGAGAGAAACCUUAUGAAUGUAAUGAAUGUGGAAAAGUCUUCAGGUGCAGCUCCCAGCUUAGGCAGCAUCAAAGCAUCCACACAGGAGAGAAGCCCUAUCAGUGUAAGGAGUGUGGAAAAGGCUUCAGUAAUAAUACAAAACUCAUUCAGCAUCAGCGAAUCCACACAGGUGAGAAACCCUAUGAAUGCACUGAAUGUGGAAAAGCCUUUAGUGUCAAAGGGAAGUUAAUCCAACACCAGAGAAUUCACACAGGUGAGAAACCCUAUGAGUGUAAUGAAUGUGGGAAAGCCUUCAGGUGUAACUCCCAAUUUCGACAGCAUCUGAAAAUUCACACUGGGGAGAAGCCUUAUGAGUGUAAUGAGUGUGGAAAGGCCUUCAGUGUUAAUGGGAAACUAAUGCGGCAUCAGAGAAUUCACACUGGGGAGAAACCUUUUGAAUGUAAUGAGUGUGGGAGAUGCUUUACUUCUAAAAGAAAUCUACUUGAUCAUCACCGAAUCCAUACUGGAGAAAAGCCUUUUCAAUGUAAGGAAUGUGGGAAAGCCUUUAGUAUCAAUGCCAAAUUAACUAGGCAUCAGAGGAUACAUACUGGGGAGAAACCUUUCAAAUGUAUGGAAUGUGAGAAAGCGUUCAGCUGUAGUUCCAACUAUAUUGUGCACCAGAGAAUCCAUACUGGAGAGAAACCCUUUCAGUGUAAGGAGUGUGGAAAAGCCUUCCAUGUUAAUGCCCAUUUAAUUCGGCAUCAGAGAAGCCACACUGGGGAGAAACCCUUCAGAUGUGUGGAAUGUGGCAAAGGCUUCAGCUUUAGUUCUGACUACAUUAUACACCAGACGGUCCACACUUGGAAGAAACCAUAUAUGUGUAAUGUGUGUGGGAAAGCAUUCAGGUUUAGCUUCCAACUCAGUCAGCAUCAGAGUGUCCAUAGUGAAGGAAAAUCCUAAUAAUGAGAAAGAUGUAGAAAACUCUCAAGGUUAAUGCCAAAAUAGAUCAAGUAUCAUCAGAUUCAUCCAUUGAAAAACCCCCAAGAGGGAAUGAAUGUGGCAGAGUCUUCAUAUGGCAACAGUUUUUAUUCUAUUCAAUUUUUAAUCAGGAAAGGAUGACCAGUUAAAGAGAAACAUCCAAAAAUAAAUAGCUUUGUUUUGUACCAACAGGACUUGGAAAAUAUUUCAUUCCCAGUAGCAUCAAGAAAAGUAGAUUUUUCUAGAAAUAAAGUUAUGGAGGACUUGUGUGGAGAAAUUUAAGCCUUCACCUGAGGGCCACUUUACAAAGGAAAUUUGAAUAAAUGGAGAGAGAGAGAAGCCUUGUUCUUGGAUAGAAAAACCCAUAAUAAAGAUAUUUACUCUACAUACCUUAAUUUAUUUGUUUAAUUUUUGACAACAAGCAUGCAUACUUUGAAAAGAUGAAAAGUAAUAAAGAUUUAUUUAAAAAAGGAAAAA